AUGUUUUUCGCUCCACUCGCCUUCCUCCGCAGCCGCUCGCCACCACGUACGACAACAAAACACCAAAAUCCGUGCAUUCUGGCUGACUCGCUGGACCGGUCCUUUGCCACUGAGUUCUACACACCGACACCGCCCGGCGCUUUCUUCUCCAAGCAAGUCUUUCCGCACAACCAUCGCGAUCGACGAGAUGGCGGACCGAGCCUCUUCAACCCGCCUGCCCACUAUCACCUCUUCCAAGAUGAGCAUUUCAAAGUCGAGUCCGGGGCCGGCAUCUGGCGCCUGUGGGGCGGAAAGACAGUCCAUCUGGGAAAGGGAGACGAAAUCGUGGUCCCUGCUUUGAGAUGGCAUUGUUUCGAGAGCGCGCCCGAUUCAGAUGUACCGCUGAGGGUUCUGAUCCGAUUUGACCGAGAACACGCGGAGAUGGAGGAAUGUUUCUUCAGGAAUACCUUCAGUUAUAUGGGAGAUUGCCGGAAGGCAGGGAUGCAGCCUUCGAUCUUUCAGAUGAUGGUCUUUUGCAUGCAUAACUGGAUGCCGUUGGCGGUGCAGGUUCCCGGUCCCGAGUGGUUGAACCUGGUAGUGAGUACGAUUCUCAUGUUUGUCGUUGGAUUUGUUGGAGAGUUUCUGCUCGGGUAUAAGGCAUCUUAUCCAGAGUAUUAUUCUGGAAAUGUGAAAACGGAAUGA